UACUGUUAAUUUUGAAGGGAUGCAGAGUGGAAAAAUAUUUUUGCGUGGCACAAUCAGGCACUGGCGAUGCUUUUCAAGACGGAAUGUUAUCUAUCAGGCUUCACAACCUGAAGUACAUGUUGAGGGGAAGAUAGUUCCUCCACAUUCAGAAGGUGCUACAAAACCACUUUCACCAAAAAUUGAGGAACUUGUUACAUCAAUAUCAAGACUUAAUUUACUAGAAGUUGCCGAAUUGAGUGAAGCUCUAAAAAAACGACUAAAUUUACCCGAUGCACCACUUAUGCCUGUUGGGGCAGUUGGUGCAUUUCCUGGAGCUUCACAAGCAGAGGAUGAUGAAUCUAUGGCAGCAAAAACAGUAAAGACAAGUUUUACUGUCAAACUUUUACAGUUUGAUGAAAAACAGAAAGUUGCUCUCAUCAAAGAAGUUAAGAACUUACUUGAAGGAAUGAACUUAGUUCAGGCUAAAAAGUUUGUUGAGAGUGCUCCAGUUGUUGUAAAAGCAGACAUUGCGAAGGAUGAAGCAGACAAAUUGAAAGAAGCUUUAUCAAAAGUAGGGGCUACAUGUGAAAUAAGUUAGGUGUGAAGAACUCUUCCGGAAAUAAUAACUUUCUGUGAAGAGUUUCCUUUUGUGAAAUUUGUGUAGUUUGUGUAAUUGUUAAUAAAGCAUUUUUCUUUUGUACUGUUGAA